AUGGCUCCUCCCAUCAUCAUCGGCUUUUCAGCCAAGGUCCCAACUCCCCAGGCCUAUCCGAGUCGCCCAGUGAGGCCGGCUAAGGGUCUGCCGCCUGAGGGGCCAAGUUUCGUUCGAUCCCCCGGUUCGUCGGGCAGAUUGUUGGCAGUGGCAGAGGAGGAGCCCUCCAAGGGCAUGAGGUUGAUGCCGUGUGAUGCCGUGUCACCGGGUUGGCUGCAGGAGGUGGAUGAUGAAGUGGGAAGAGGUGCAGCACGUCGUAAAGCUUCACUGAUGGCCCUGCGGAGACCGAGGGACGCACAGCUGGACGCACAGUACGGAUCCAGGUUCCUAUUCCUAGCAAUCUGGAAGCAGCAGGAGCCAGGAGGAAGGAAUAGGUAG